AUGAGCCAAAGCUCUGCCUCAAACUCUCCAAUGGACUGGCCACACUCACACAUUUUCUAUGACAUCCUUGCCCAAUCCGCCACACCCGGGUUCGAAGAUCACGCGCGGUCCCUUCUUGGAAACGCGGAACAACAAAUUUCCCGAAUGUACGUGCAGCCAGCCGCUUCGGGUCAAACCCACCAACAGCUCGUGGCCCGGGUUGCUGCGCUGAAAUACGCCGUUUCGCCCGUUCGAAGGCUGCCCGCAGACAUUCUUUUGGAGAUAUUUCGCACCGUCAUCCACGAAUCUCAAGCAAGCUCUUCUGGAAACGAGGCAUUCGUCCCAGUUUUCUGUCUAGCUUCGGUCUGUUUUUACUGGCGUCAGCUAGUCAUAACGGCACCGCGCCUAUGGCCGACAACCAUGAUUCUCAGGGGCCCAGCUUGCUCCCCUCAAUACUUGGAGACCACGAAAACGCUACUCCAACGUUCAUCACCGUACUCUCUUGACAUCACGGUGCGGCCAAGAGUCCUCUUUUCAAGUCGGGAGCCUCCCAUCAUGAUGACGAGCAAUAUCAUGGACAUCGUCGUGGGCUCGGCUCAUCGGUGGCGAAGGAUCUCAGUGGUCUUCAAUGCCACUCCUUUCCUCAGCACUACGCAACUGUCCGGACCACUCUGUCAUUUGUGUGAAAUUGACUUCCCGCAAAAGUUGGUACUGGACCAGCGAUUAGCUUUAUUCUUGGACGCCCCAAAGCUAACCCGCGUGAGGCUUUAUGGGGCCGAUUUUACCAAAAUGUUGCUCCCUUGGUCGCAGCUCACCAAACUCAAGUUGGGCGCCGUCGCGUCCUCGGACUUUCUCAUCGUUCUAGAGCAAUGCAACUCUCUUGUUGACCUUGAACUAGAUGGUGUUGUCCGUGGCGAAGACACCAUCAUCUCUUUCGUGUCUCGGGCCAGCGUAAUUUCGAUGCCACAUCUGCAUGACCUGAGGAUUGCCAUGCUGGACUAUCGCACAUUCGACCCAUUCUUUUCCAAUUUCGGAUUUCCCUCUCUACUGACCCUUAUAAUCAGAACCGCAAAUGUGAUCACGGAGCCUGAACUCGGACAGUCCUUCCCGUCAUUCCUCCAGCGUUGUCCUGCGCUCGAGUAUCUCGAAUUUUUCGGCUGCAUACUUGGUCGUGCAUCGCUGGGCAGCAUGCUCCUUCGUAUUCCGUCACUCACCCACCUCAAGCUCAACUGCUGCUUUGACUGCGUGGACAACGCCUUCUUUGAGCGGUUGACAUACCGCGCUACGGACCUCGACCCGCCCGCGCCCUGCCUCCAAAAGCUUGAGCUCGAUUGCGUCGGGAACAAUUAUAGCGGAGAUGCGGUCCUGGCGAUGGUCCGCUCGCGCUGGUGGGAAAGCGAUGCCUUUCAAGUACUCCCGACUUCUCCGCGCGUCGCGCGCUGGAAGGCUAUCUACAUCUCCGCUAGUAAUUAUGGGGCAAAGUUCUCGGACGAGUUCAAAGCCGCGGUGGCUGAACUGUGCGCGGAGGGACUGGCUUUUGCUGUUAAGGUGUACAACCCGGCCGAUUACGAUGAAUAUUAA